AUGGCUAAGCCAUAUGAUAAUAGACAUAAGAUGGUCACCUGCUGCCUCACCAUCACCACUAGAGGUGCAUCUAUAGAAUCAUACAAAGUGAACAAAGCUUUCAUUGGGUGUAUGCAAGGGUACCAUGGUCGGUUCAGUCGUCGGGAAACGAAUCCGAAUGUUGUAAGGAUCGGUUUAGAGAGGAAUUGCUAUAACCUAAAUACUCUUAGAAUCGAAAUUGAAUCUAUUCCAUUUGUACAACUAAAACCGAACAUCAUUCGUGUUACAGGAGAUGAUGAUUUACGUGCACUCGAAUCAAGCGGUUUCGCGUGUAAUUCGGCAAUCGGUUCGUUAGUUUGUGUUGCAAGUAACCCCUUGAAAAUCGACACCAAAACUAUGGAAAUUUAUACGUCAACUCGACUCGAUUCGACUAAUCGUACCCGUUUUUCGGUUAGAGAAGAGGGAAAAGUUGUACAAAUUAUUAGACCAUAUGCAUGGAGACAAUUGGAUCUCUUAGAGAAUGUAACUCCGGUCAAGUUCCUCCAUGAACCACCACAAUCUCCGGCGAGAUAUUGUCACUACAAUCAUAAAAUUCCGGCAAUUGUUUUCUCAUCCGGCGGCUUCACCGGAAACCUCUUCCAUGAGUUCAACGAAAUCAUAAUCCCGUUAUUCAUCACUUCUCGUCUUUUCAAAUCGCGAGUUCAAUUCAUUCUCGUUGAUUACAGCCCGUAUUUCGUUGCGAAAUUCAAUCGCGUUCUCUCGAGCUUAUCGAGUUUCGACGUGUUAAACCCGACGACGAACACGACUGUUCAUUGCUUUCCCGGAGCCGUGGUCGGACUCGAGUACCAUAGCUUUCUUGCAAUAAAUUCUUCUGAAAUUCCUAAAGGAAACUCCAUGAUCGAAUUCAAAAACUUCCUCGGCGAAACCUAUGGUUUGACGACGAUCAAGAACGUCUCCGAUUCGGGUCUUAAACCGCCGGUUUUGCUCUUAAUUUCUCGCCGGAAAACCAGGCGGUUUUUGAACGAAGAUGAAAUGGUGGACAUGAUGGAAGAAUUAGGGUUUGAAGUUGUGGUGGUGAAGAGUGACAAAACGAUGUCGAAUUUGGAUCGAUUCGCGAAACUCGUGAGCACGUGCAGUGUGCUCGUCGGAGCUCACGGUGCCGGAAUAACGAACCAGGUGUUUUUAGCGGCGGGGGCGGUGGUGGUGCAGGUGGUGCCGCUAGGGUUAGAGUGGCCGUCGACGGUUUAUUUCGGUGAACCGGCGGUUCGGAUGGGGUUGCGUUAUUUGGAUUACAAGAUUGAACCGGAGGAGAGCACGCUUAUUGAGUCGUACGCACGUGCCGACCCGGUUAUUUCGAAUCCAGGAUCCGUAUUCGCAAAAGGGUAUUAUAUUGGGAAAGAAAUGUAUUUGGAUAAGCAAAAUAUAAGGGUUGAUAUUGGAAGGUUCAAGAGUACAAUCAUUGAAGCGCUUAGAUUACUUGGACGUACAAGUCCUUAA